CCUCCUCGGACGCCGCCAUCGCCAGGACUCCGCGCCAUGUCGUCACACAAGACGUUCAAGAUCAAACGCUUCCUCGCCAAGAAGCAGAAGCAGAACCGGCCCAUCCCGCAGUGGAUUCGCAUGAAAACCGGUAAUAAGAUCAGGUACAACUCCAAAAGGAGACACUGGAGGAGGACCAAACUGGGCUUGUAAGAGAGACUGUCCCGGGAGCUCUAAUGAACACUGGUCUUUCUGUGUCAGAUCGAUAACACUCUCAAGUCAUUCCUUCUGUGGUGCUGGACUGCAGUCCCCAGUAUGGGGUUUUUAUAAGCUAGUCUGGGAUGCUGAUGUUAACUGGGAAAAUCUUUGUGUCUGAAACAUGGAGACUGUGUUCUAUUAGUGUUCUUUCAGGCAUCACCAUAAGCAUUGACAGUGCACAGGCUUCUUAAUAAAUAUGGACCUGAAUGA